UGAGCCUGCAACGGGGCAGGCGUGACGUCGGUGGUGGAGCCUACCUUUGCCUGCCUCCGCACUGCCGCACACGUUUGACAGCUCAGCUCUCGAUCCGCAUUGCCCGUAGGCGUACGACUGCGCGCUUGCCCCAGUCUUGCUGCUGGUCGCCUCGUGAAAUAAUACAUACUUUAUUGGGUAGAGGUAAAUAUCCUAAACGAGGCAAACUCAACCCCACUUGCAGGGUAGGCUAUUAUGUAGGGAUUUACACCGUUUAAGACUUGGAUGUUCCCACACAACUCGUCUGGUGGUGGCUGUUUUUAUUUAUUUCGGUUGGGAGAGAAACCCAUCGGAUUGUUCCUCAUUUGAAAUAGGAUAAAGGGAUAUAAACCUUUAAAGGGAUAUAAACAUGUCCAGGGAUCCAGAAGAAGUCAGCAAGCUCACCGAAAGUACAUACAAGAAUGUUAUGGAACAGUUCAACCCCGGGCUACGGAACCUGGUCACCCUGGGAAAAAACUAUGAGAAGGCAGUGGGUGCCAUGAACCUUGCCGGAAAAACGUACUUUGAGGCCGUGUCAAAAAUAGGGGAGAAUGCCGCAGUGUCACCAGUCUCCAGGGAACUGGGUGUUGUGCUAAUGGAGAUCUCUGAAGCGCACAAGAAGAUCCACUUAGAGUUAGAGGAGAAUUUCAAAAUAUUUCACAAAGAGAUCAUCACAGAGCUGGAGAAGAAGACAGACAUGGAUGUGAAAUAUAUGAAUGCCACCUUUAAGAGGUACCAGUCGGAGCACAAAAUGAAGCAAGACUCGGUGGAGAAGUCCCAAUAUGACCUGAAGAAACUGCGCAAGAAGAGCCAAGGAAAAAACAACAGCAAGUAUCAAAGCAGAGAGAAUGAGUAUCUAGAGACGCUGUCAUCCCGGCAGAUGGACAUGCAGAUGUUCGUAGCGGACGGCUGUAAGGAAGCCCUGGUGGAGGAGAAGAGGCGGUUCUGUUUCCUGGUGGAUAAACAUUGCGCAUACGCCUAUCACGUUGCCACCUUCCACGAAAAGGCGAAGGAGCUGCUGGCGUCGAAGGUGCCCUGCUGGCAGGAUAAGUGCUGUGAUGCCACAGACGUGCCAGAGACUGUGGUGUCCAUGAUCGAGGGGCUGAAGUCAGUCACACCCCAGCCGUCCCCCUCCUUUCCUCACGAAGGGAACCAUGUCAGGGCAAACUCAGACUCCGUGAUCCCACCCCCAGCCCCGCCUCUGAAGGCCCACUCCAGCCCCCUCACCAGCAUGUUCACCCCGGACCCUCCCACGGCACCCAUCGUAGCCGACCACUCCUCAGAUUACAGCGAGGCGUCCAGCCUUUCCAGGUCUGUGUCCGUCUCCUCGGGCCUGAACACGGUGAAGAGGCCCAAGGUUCAAACCAUCUUCCCCCACACGGCCGAGAACAAUGACACGCUGCUCAGCUUCGAGGAGGGCGACGUCGUCACGCUGCUCAUCCCAGACGAGCGGGACGGCUGGCUGUACGGCGAGCUCGACAGGACCGGCCUGAGGGGCUGGUUUCCAUCUUCUUACUGCCGUUUAUACUCAGAGUCACUGACAAGCAGCAGCCCGGAUACGUCCGCACACAGCUCGAGCAUGCUGAACCUCACGCAGCCGGGCGGUGAGGAGUAUGAUGAUGAUGAAGAUGACGUGCCCGUGAUUCUGCCCCCAGCGGACUACGUGGACUCGCCCAGCAACAGCGAUGUCAGUCUGCCUCUCACGCCCACAUCUGAGAGCCCCGUGAGUGUGUCUCAAGCCAAUGGCCUCCCUACGCUGCCCUUCCUGGGGGGGGGGAACCCCUUUCUCGCGGUCAAACUCCGGCCCACGGUCACCAACGACAGAUCGGCCCCCGCGGUAUAGCGCUCAGGCCAGCGUGGAAGUUUCUCCAUGGCAACCUCCGAGAGGGGUGGAGCCAGAACCAACGACCAACGAACCUCCACCUCACAGCCUCCUUAACAUCUUAAACACCGCCCCACCCUCACCCCACCUCCCACCCCAGGACCCAGACUCUUAUUGUAAGCAUGCCUGUGCACCCUGCCCUAUGUAGCCUGCUCAGCAGUGAGACAGGAAGGACCAAAGUGGACCGGGUGGGACAGUAAUCCUCUAUUCCCAGAUGCCAUGUUUCAUUUGAACAACCAAAAGCUGAACAAAAACAAACUCUCAGCUGCACAGGCUUAGGGCCACACCGUUUAUUUAUGUCAAACUAAUCCUCAGAUAUACAUUUUCCAAUAUUAUUUCGUUUAAUAUGCAAAUGAAUGUUUUGUCAUGCUCUACGUGGACAAGCCCAAGCAAAUAAUUGCUUCUGUUCCACACAAGUUUUAGAAAUGUCUAUACAUGGUGAGAUUUUGCCUCUGCUUGUUAAAAAUGAUACGUUAUAAAUGGAGUGUUCCAUAGGACUAUAGGUAAAUGUGUUCUACACAGGAUACAAAUGAGGUUCAUCACACACCAUUGCUGCGGUUCACAGCGAGUCCAAAGUAAACAGCAGAUCAGGGUAAGGUGCAUGUGUUGUUAUACAUUGAUGGUUUUUUGCGAAGCAAACCCUUCCUAUGUUGGGUAUACAUGGUCAAUCUGUCAGAUUUGUUUCUUCAUACAGAUGUAAAAAUUAUCUUUUGAAGGGAAAAAACUUCUGAAGGCUUUAGGAUUCAGCUCCUGCGCACCCUGAUGGCAAUAUGUGGGCUAUUAUAAAAAUAAUUGUCACUUUCAGAUAUUGCAAUAUAUUUUUAAAAAACACAUUGCUAUGAAAUAUAUUUUUAUUUUCCAUAAAUUCCACAUAUUUACGAUAUAUUCCAGAAUGCUCAAGUUCAGGGCAGAUAUCAGUGCUUACUGUAUUUCUGUCCCAUGGGCAGGCAGGGGGGGUGGGGAGGAGGGGGGGCAUGUAAGAUACUCAAGAAUACUCAACUUAUUGUAGAUGCAUGUCAGCUUGAUAACAGGAAGUAGAAAUAUAUGCCUUAAACAUAUUUAUAUUGUAUGCUGAUAUCGGUAAAGAAAAUCCCAUUUCCAAGCUUGAGGAUGUACCUAAAAUCCAGGAUCUCCCAGGUCAACUCACUUCCUCCCCUUAUAAUCAUAUUUACUCCUUUACAGGAAGAGGAUGUUGGUUGUUUUAUUCUCUGCCUCUCAUUCACUCUAAAGGCCAGAUUUACUAAAGGAUUUCACACAUGCAAACCACCAUGUUGACCAAUGAAAUCAGUAGAUGUGUUGGCUUUUCUGGAGGUACCAAAUGCUGCAGCCUUGAAUAAUUCAGACCACUGGUUUGGGAAGGCUGCUGAAGAAGAAAGGAAUCAGAAGGCUAAUUUAUAAAAGCGCUUCACUUGGCUUAAUUUUCUAAUGCACUUGGAGGGAGGAAAUCACUAGAAAUUCCAAAACAUCAGCAUUUCCGCAGUAAAAUAAAACUCUUUGUUUCUUAUAUUAGCAUUGAAAAAGUGUCUUGUUUUAUUGUGUUUAUGGUCUGAGGUCAGGCAGGUUGUGUGAGAUGGUUUGCAGUCAGCUGUUCCCAGAUCAGAGCUUGCUGAGUGUUUGCGUGGAGCAGCGUUUACGUCAGCUGGUCUUUGUUCUCAUCUUAAAAAUGAGUGACCAACUGAGGAGAGUCAGCUGUGUAAUCAAGUGCUUUGAUUGGCUAGAUUCUGAGUAGUGAUGAAAACCUGCUGGAGGUCUGCUAGGGCGCGAGUGAACACCACUGGUGUGAGGACAUGGCUCAACCUGGCCCUCUCCUGUUCCUCUUCCUGUCAUGGUAAAAUCUGAUCAUUCUAGAACUCUUGUUGGAAAAAAAGAACCUCUUGUGUAAAAGUACUGAUGUUAUUAUUCAUUAGGUUGAAGGAUAUCCUGUACUGAAUGUUUUUGUUUGUUUUUUUAAUUGAGCCUGUAAUAAAACCAUCCAGUUUUAAUCUCA